UGAUAUACUUAAGAGACAUUAGGCAUAUAAAGAAAGAAGGCGUAUCAAAAUCGUCGUGAAGUGGGGCUAAAUUUUACGAAUUCGUUUUUUUUUCGAGCGCUCAUCAUUAAUCUGACAACUCUGUAAAGUACCUAACGGCAACAUCAGCCGGUACAAGAUUCGCAUCCUGUUGCUAAGGAGGGAAACAUGCGUUUGAUCAUUAUUUUAAAUAAGUAAACUGACAAUAAUGAUGUAUGACGAUGAAACUGAAGGUAAGGAAGAAAUUGAAGACAAAGAGCCGUUGGUUACGUCCGCUGAUCCCAAUGAGCGCAAAUUGGCGAGGCGGUUGAGAAUCGAACGAAGAUUGGAGGCGAUUCGAAAAUUAAACCUUCCCGAAGGAGAAGAGGUUGCCGAGACGACGGAAAAGACUCUACUACAAGAGCAGUUGCAGAAAAGCUACAAACUGCUGGAAAAUCUAACGAUCGAGGGCAACGAGUACGUUACGAACGUUAGAAUCGCAAACGAGUCUCGGGAAGCCAACAGGCGCGAACAGGAAGAUUUGAUCCGAAAGGGCAUUUUGGAAGAGCUGGAGCAUGAGGCGAUCACCGCGGAAGCCCAGUUUAGCACAAUCAACGAGAAAUGGACGUCCAUUCUAAGUUACAACGACCCCUUGCAAAUCAACGAAGAAAUCAUGAACCAAAGAGAAAAGUGCGACGUGUUGAUCAAACAGAAAGACGAGCUGAUUGCUAAGUUGAAAAACGAAGUGAGACAGAGCGAGAUUAAAUUUGCCGAGGACCAACAGAAGCAGGUCGAAGACAUUCAAACUUUAUCAAAUCGGAUUGAAACCCAAGUCAGUUUGAUGCGCCGAGCGUACCGACGUGAACUCGAAUUAAUCGAAGACGUAAUCCAAGUUGAGCGAAAAAUUCUGAUCGACACCAACGAUAAACGUUGGGAAGAGCUGCACAAGAAACGCGACCUGGAAGAGAAUCUCAAUUGCGAGCGGAAAUUCGAGCAGUUGGAGGAGUUCGAGGAAAUCUGCACGAAUCUGCGCGUUAAUCAUCAGGAAAAAUACAGGGGUAUUAGAAUCAAGUUGGGAAACGAUAUCGAGAAUCUCGAGCGGGAGCUGGAAAAAAUCAAAAGCCUCACGUUGAUCAACAGCGAAAAGCUCGACUACAACUACCAAGUGUUGAAGAAGAGGGAGAGUGAAAACCUAAUAAUAAAGUCCCAACAAAAGCGCCGCAUCAACAAACUGCAGGAUCUCAUCAACACUGCAAGGGCGAAACUUGGACACUAUCUGAAGCAGACGAACGGCGAAAUUGACAGGCUCACGGCUAACAUCAGCAAACUGCGGGCGAAUAUUCUGGACGUCGAAGCCAAAGCCGAUAGCUUUUCGAACACGAACGAUCUCAAAUACAAACAAAUCUGGGAUUUCAACAAAAAGCGCGUGGACGCGCUAUUGAAGCAGAUUCUCGACACGGAUCGCGUCUUGCACGAGCAACAGCUCGGCCUACGCUGGACCAGUCCGAAUGUCGCACUUUUGGAGAAAACCGACUUGCCCAGUUACAAAUCCGCUUCGGAAAUCGUAGCGAAAAUGUCCUGUCGGAAGGAGCCGAGCGAAAGUGAGGUUGAAUCGGACGAAGUCGGCGAUUUCGAUGGGGAGACUGUGGCUCAUCGCCGAAUUUUGAGGAUCGUCUUAAAACUAAUUGCGGAUAAGUCGGGUUUUUUAAUUGAAGAGAAACUCAAAGAGAUUUUGGAACCUUACAGCGAGCGUGAAAGGUCACUUGUGAAAAUCGAUGGUGUAUUUUCCGCACUCGAAAUAAAACACAAAGAGGAUAUUGAAGUAUUAUUGGAAUACUUCUUGCCUUAUACGCAUUGCCCCAUUUGCUCUGACCAAUUGUCAGCAAUGAGUGCAAGCACCGAGAGAGAAAUAGAGACAUAUAAUUUCUCCGAUGACGGUGGCGGAUCCAUCGAGCGACCUCCCGUGAUGGCGCUUGCAACCGAAACGGAAGAAGGAGACAUUAUGGCGGCAGUCCAUCAGCCUACGCAAGUUAUUGACUCGAUCAUUUCGGCGAUAGUAGAUUCCGAGGACGUCGAACUCGAUGACGUAACUAUGAAAACUGUUUCGAUCGCCGAGGAAACAGUGGUGGUCAAACCGAAAGAAACCAAGCUGAAAGGCUCCUGCUACAAGAAACACCCGCUUGUAAUAAGCUCGGUGUAUAUUUUACGGGCGCUGCGGGAAUUUUUGAGUAAAUUUUAUUUGGCGAAAGAAGGGAUCCUCACCAUGAGUUCAAGACUAUCGCGAAAACGAAGCACGAUCUCUCGAUUAAUGUCAGAGGAAGACAUCAAAACAUAUUGGGAACGUUACAGGACGAUGUUUUCGUUAGAAAGGGAAGAGAUAUGGGACGCCCUACUAAUCGGUCUACAGAAAUAUCACGAAAUCCUCAAAGAUCGCAAAAAACUAAACGACGAAGUCCUCGAGCUGCGCCAGCAAAAUUUGCAAUUGCGAAAUUUACUCGCGUCAUAUCAGCGACAGGGCGAUAGCAAGUUGAAGCCGCCCUGCGCCGUCCAGCGAGAAAUUCCGAUCAAGCAAGUCUUCCUCUAAUUGCAAUAAAUAAUUCGAGUACUUUUAACAAUUUAAUGCGUUAACCUUUC